AUGCUCAAGGGCCUGCACAUGAGCGGCGUCACCGACGCCAUCCGGCGCUGCCUGUCCGCCCUGGCGCGGCUCGACCUCGACGCGCCGGGGUUGCGGUCGGCGGCGACGUCGAUGCUCGGCGCCGUGUUCCCGAUCCUCGACCAGUACGCCGCGACGUGUCAGCAGGAGGGGGGGGCAGUUUGCGCAACCUUGCCCGACGCCACGGGCCGCAUGACGCACUUUCUCGGCCUCACGUUCUCGCAGCUCACGGCCAAGGGGUUCUGCACGCCGCAGGAGAAGUCGGACGAGACGCAGGGCGACGCGGGCAAGCUCGAGUCGGGCACCGGUCUCGGCGACGGCGAGGGCGCCGAGGAUAUCAGCAAGGAUAUCCAGCUCCGACGAGGACCUGUCUGA